AUGACCUCGCUGCAGCAGAAUAACCCUACGCUAGCCAGUGCAGCCGCAACCAUGGAUGGGCCGAGAACGAAAGAAGAACAAGAAGAACUCGCUUUCGGCCAAGUCUGGGAUGGUGCUGGGAAACCAUCGUCGACGACAGGACCAGGGCAGAUGGAGCGCCCGUCAAUGACUGGACGACGAAAGAGCAGUAUACAAUUCAAUACUGGUGCAGCAGAAGAGACCAUUCGACGAGAGUCCACCUGUCCUCCAAUACCUCGACCUUCUCUGUCCCAAGCACAUCUACAUCGGAACUCGAGCCCGCCUCCUGCGCUUCCAUAUUCACGUGGAGUUGGUUUCGACACGUUUGCCACUCCAGACGCAGCCGCUGAGGCCUUUAGCAUACAAUACAAGCACAAUGACUUCCAGUACACACCCCGCACCAGGACUUUCAUCUGCGGCACAGACGCCAAAGACUAUAGCGAGUAUGCACUCGAGUGGACACUCGACGAGCUAGUCGACGAUGGCGAUGAGAUCGUCUGCCUGCGCGUCGUCAGCGAAGAGUCGAGCGAGAGAAGAGAAUACAAGAAGGAGGCGGAACGUCUGCUAGCAAGUGUAAUUCAGAAAAACGCGAUCGAGCGCAAAGCUAUCAGCUUGAAAAUGGAACUAGCAGUUGGAAGAGUGACUGAGGUCAUACAGUCUAUGAUUCAACUCUACGAGCCUGUAGCCAUUAUAGUCGGUACUCGUGGUCGCAACUUGACUGGUAUGCAAGGAUUGAUGGGCGGAUCGUCUGUUUCAAAGUACUGUUUGCAACGUUCGCCUGUUCCUACAAUCGUCGUUCGUCCGACGCUGAAACGAACCAAGAAGAAGACAAAGCGACAGGCUGAGCAGGGACGUAGUGUCUACACGAAUAUGCUCACCCUCACCAAGUCUGUAGGCGGGCAACACAUCAGUGACCGAAGUUUCGACGCUGCAGACUUCGCUACCAAAGGCACUUCCGAGGAAGCGAAUGCUGUCGAAAAGGCCGUGGGUCCCAGGAAAGGCAUCCUCAGAAACAAGGGUCGGGUAUAUGGAGGACCAUUGACUCGUGUUACCAGCACGUCUCAGACAGAAGACGAUGAUAUCGAAGACCCACAAUCGCGGUUUGCACUACCCAUAGGAUUUCUAACCACGGAAUCGGCACCAAAAGCCGACAUUGCAAUGAAGAGCCCGAUCAUUCAGGCAUUGGCAGAAUGGGACGAUAGUCCCAGAAAUGGCAGCCGGACCGCUAGUCCUGCGCGUCAUGCUAAGCCAGAAAGCGAGGGUGCUCUAACAGACACGGAGGACGAAGGCGAGUUUGGCAUGCCGAAGAUUGUGGAAGAACGACGGCCGAGUACGCGUUCGCAGAACCCGUGGCUAAAUUCGAUUCUGAGUCGACCAGAGCCGAGGCGUCGGUCAGUAAGUCGUGAGAGAGGGGCCAGGAGUAGUAGUCGGUAA